AUACAGAUGUCCAAAAUGGCGACCAUUGAUAUACGCCUGAAGAAAGUGAACAAAAUUUACACUGAUGGAGAUCUGGUGGCUGGAGUUGUAGUUGUGGACAGUGGGCGCAGUGACUUCCAGCACCAGGGUAUCACGUUAAGCAUGGAGGGGGCAGUGAGCUUACAGCUUAGUGCAAAAAGUGUUGGCUUAUUUGAGGCUUUCUACAACUCAUUAAAGCCAAUCCAGUUGAUUAACUACUCUCUUGAAGUGGCCAAACCAGGCAAGUUACCCAGUGGCAAGACAGAGAUUCCAUUUGAGAUCCCCCUCAAGGGAAAACCAAACAAACCGUUGUACGAGACUUAUCAUGGGGUCUUUGUCAAUAUACAGUACUCAUUAAAAGUAGAUGUCAAGCGAUCUUUGCUGAAUAAAGAUCUUCAGAAACAGUGUGAAUUUAUAGUGGAAUAUAAGGAGCAAGAUACCAAAGCCAAAGUGAAAUCUGUACCCUUUAGUAUAACACCAGAUACAUUAACAAAUGUCAAAGAGAAACAAAAUGUUCCUUCAUUUAAAAUUAAGGGCACGCUUAAUUCUGCCUCAAUCAGCAUUUCGAAGCCACUGCAAGGGGAGCUAAUAGUGGAACACUGUAAUGCACCCAUCAAGUCAAUAGAGUUACAACUCGUCAGAGUGGAAACAUGUGGCUGUGCUGAAGGAUAUGCCAAAGAUGCUACAGAGAUACAGAACAUACAGAUAGCAGAUGGAGACGUGUGUCGAGGUAUCACUAUCCCAAUCCACAUGAUAUUCCCCAGGCUGUUCACCUGCCCUACACUAUCAACAAAUAACUUCAAAGUCGAAUUCGAAGUAAACAUCGUUGUUGUGUUUCAUGAUGAUCACCUCGUUACCGAAAACUUUCCUAUCAAGCUGACGAGAUUCUGAUACAAGCUAGUGUUGUACAGAACGUAAUCAUCCUCAACAUCAGCAACAUCAGCAUCAUCAGUAGCAGCAUGCUCCAGUACAUAAUCAUCCACCGUGGAUGUGGCGACGUUAAGCCCCAAGCACUCCCUCACUCCCUCACUGUGGUUGUGGAGGCAGUCUGUUGUCUGAAGUGAUGCAUAGGUGCUCUACUUAAACAUUUCAAAUGCUUCUGGAUGAGAAGCAGUUCCAAUGUCACCCUCUAACUAAUUAAACUAAGAAAAGGCUCCAUAGUCUUUUUGUUUGGACAGAUCAAAAGGAAUUAGAUUCGAAGUUACAGCUUAAAGGCAAGGAUGCCACACUGGAUGUGAAUAAUUAUGUUUUAUCACUUUGUCCAGUGCCAGGAUAACUGUUAAGACAACUGUGUUUGGUCUUGUGUGUACAUCUCUGUGACCAAAAGCUGGUACAGUGCUGUCUUAUCAUUGAUAUAGGCCAUUUCUGUCGCUUCGUUUGAUUCAAGGAUAUUACACAUUACAGUGGUUUGGCUUAUUGGAAGAACAAAAGAGGCUUCACUAGAUAUCUACUAGAAACCUAAUUACAAUCAAAAUGCCCACUUGCCAAAAUGCCUGCUACCAAAUAGUUUGAAUGUAUAAUUUAAAUAUUUUGAUAUUUUUCUCUGACUUUGAAGCCAGUAUCUCAACAAUCAGUCGUCAUCAUAUGACUGCCAGAUUGUGGAGGAAAGAAAGUAAGACGUAAAACAAGGAGCAUACAUACAGAUAUUCAAAUGAUCAGCUCAGUGUCUUCAGCUCAGCUGCCAUGUUUAUCUCCGGCUAUGUCAAACACCAUGUAUGACUUAUGGUAGAACGAAGUCAACAUUACUUGAGAAACAUUCAUGACUUAUUAUGUUGGAAUGAAGUGAAUAUACUUGGGCAAAAUAAAGUCAAACAGAAACACUCCAAAUAUACACAGCUUAUCUGGUUAAAAUAUUUCCUAUUAUGUGUGUAUAUUAAAAUGCUCUAUUAAGCUAAUAUUUAAGCAAAGGUUACAAAAAUGUGAGGCCUCCAUGGCUUAGUGUUUUGCAGGCUAGUGCAGCCCCUCAGUGUUAUGCCGUCGUAUAACUGAAAUAUUCUUGGGUACAGUGUGAAACACCAUCACAUAAGUAAAUAGUAAAUACCAAAAACAUCCACACAAAUAUAAAUAACCCUUACAGAAACCACUUGCAUGAACUUUAAUGUGUCUGUGUUCAUCCUUGUAACCAUGUCUACAUUGCUUUUGCCAGGAUGUAGUUGUAAUCAUGAAUAUUGCAUGUCUAUAUAUUUUAUUGUACAUAAGUAUGUUAUAUUGUAAAUAAACAACAAAUAUACCGCAAUUCAAAUCUGAUUCUUCGUGUAUGCGGAUUAAAGGGAAAGAACUCCAUGAACCUUGACUUGUUUCUUCUCUGGUUUCAAUUAUCUCCCUUGGUCUACUGGCUCUCUUAUGUAACCAUUUGUUUUUUGGGUUUAUUUU